UGGCUCCUCUUUUCCCCUCGGCUGCCCCCCGCUAGAACCUCCCCAGAACCUAGGCCGCUUCCGGUCCCGCUCUCGAACCCUGGGCCGUUGUCAAGGGGAUAAGCUUUGCCGAUGUGGCGGUGUUUGCCGGAAGCUUCGGGGCUCCAUCCCAGCCCCUGACCUGGGACCCGGAGGGCGAAGGUCAAAGGCUCAGCAAGCCCAGGAGUGAGGCCGCAGCCCGGGACCCAGCGAGGACACGGCAGCAGUGGACCGCUCCAGUUAGGCCCGUGACUCGAUCGUCGGCGCAGCCCGCCAUGGUCCGGCCCUGAGGACCCCCGACGGCCCGCGGACUCCUCCUCUCGCAGCCGCCGGCCCGGGAGCCCCCCGCCCCCCGAGCGUCCCCCCCCGGCCCGGGGCCGCCGGCCUGGCCCCGUCCCCGUCUCCCACCAUGGCCAGUCUGAGCAGCCCCCGGGAGGCCGCCGGCGGCGGCAGGAAGGAGAAGGGGCGGCCGGACGAGCCCCCGGCCCCGGCCGAGCGCCGGAACCGCAGCGGGAUCAUCAGCGAGCCCCUGAACAAGAGCCUGAAGAAAUCGCGGCCGCUGUCCCACUACUCCCCGUUCGGAGGCGGCAGCUCCCUGGGCGAGCCCCCCGAGAAGGGCGUCGGGGGGCAGGCGGGGGGCGGCGGGAGCGAGGGCCCCGCCCCGGCCGCGGCGGCCGGGGAGAAGCACCAGCCUACCUCAAAGCACAAAAGCAUCGCCCACCUGCUGAGCAAAGUGGAGCAGGUGGCCGGCAUCUCGGCGGAGGGGCAGGCGGCCCUGCAGCAGUACGCCCAGUCCACCGAAAUGCUCCGGCGCGUGGUCCAAGAACACAUGCCCCUGAUGGGCGACCACGGCAACGGCCUCGCGGAGAUGGAGGCCGCGGUCGCCGCGGAGACCACGAACAGCCCCUCCGAGUUCCCCUACCUGGGGGCCUUCCCGCUGAACCCCGGCCUCUUCAUCAUGACCCCCGCCGGGGUGUUCCUGGCCGAGAGCGCCCUGCACAUGGCCGGCCUGGCCGAGUACCCUAUGCAGAACGAGCUGGCGUCGGCCAUCGGCUCCGGGAAGAAGAAGAGGAAGCGCUGCGGGAUGUGCCCGCCCUGCCGGCGGCGGGUCAACUGCGAGCAGUGCAGCAGUUGUAGAAACCGAAAAACUGGUCACCAGAUUUGCAAAUUCAGAAAAUGUGAGGAACUCAAAAAGAAGCCUUCCGCCGCCCUGGAGAAGGUCAUGCUUCCUACAGGAACUGCAUUCAGAUGGUUUCAGUGAAGGUUGCAACCCCAAGGCCCUAGUGUUUCCUGCUAGCUUGUGUGGUCUCCCGCCAGACCGACCAAGAUGCUUUGGGAUGCAAACAAUGGAUACACACCCGUGUCUCUUUUAGAACCAAAAAUAUUCUCUCGCAGAUUUCAUUCCUGUUUUUAUAAUUUUUUUGAGGG